AUGGUCUCAUUGGCUGUUAGUCAGAAACGACCUGUUCUUCUAUAUGGUCCCUCGGGCGCUGGAAAGUCUGCUCUCGUUAGAAAGUUGGCUGAUGAAAGUGGUAACCAAGUUGUGCAUAUCCACAUGGAUGAUCAACUCGAUGGGAAAACGUUGGUUGGCACUUAUGUGUGUACUGAUCAACCUGGCGAAUUCAGAUGGCAGCCUGGGUCACUUACCCAGGCUAUUAUGAAUGGUUUCUGGGUGGUUCUUGAGGACAUAGACAAAGCUCCAUCAGAUGUUCCCCUCGUCUUGUCACCUUUGCUGGGAGGCUCAUGCUCAUUCGAGACCAGCCAUGGAGAGGUGAUACGUAUAGCAGAGAGUUUUCAACUGUUUUCAACCAUAUCUACACCCGAAUGCAGUGUAUCACACAUCAGGGAAGCUGGAAAUUCUCUAAGUCCUCUUUGGAGGAGAAUUGUUGUUUAUCCACCAGAUCGGGAAAGCUUGCAAAAUAUUCUGGGUGCUCGGUAUCAAAACUUGAUACCUGUUGCAGAGAAACUUAUUGAAACUUAUGAAACUGUCAACUAUUCUCUUCGUCCCCAGUUUUCUGGUUCAAAAAUCGAAAAUUCAGCUACUUUCAAUUCUCCAAGUAGAUUUUCACUGAGAGAUCUGCUCAAGUGGUGUGAACGAGUUCAUGGUCUGUCUUCCUAUGAUGGCCUUGCAAUUUUUCAGGAGGCAGCAGAUAUAUUCUCUGCGUCUUAUAUGUCAACUCAAAAUCGACAUAAGCCCCCAAUUCAGGAAUUUUCUGGAAUUCUAAAAAUUGGCAGAGUUUCUCUUCCACUUGGUGAAUCUGCGUCUCAUGAUCGGUCAAGGUUUGUUGAAACACGAACAUCUACACGGUUACUUGAGAAAAUAGCUCGCUCUGUCGAGUACAACGAGCCAGUUCUCUUAGUAGGAGAAACAGGGACUGGGAAAACUACUCUAGUUCAAAAUCUUGCACACUGGAUCGGACAGAAACUCACUGUUUUGAAUUUGAGCCAGCAAAGUGAUAUAGUUGAUCUAUUGGGAGGAUUUAAGCCUAUUGAUGCAAAGCUUAUGUGCACAAUGCUGUACAAUGAAUUUAAUGAAUUGGCAAGAGAUUCAAAUAUUAAGGCUUCUUCAAAAACAAUGAAAUGGCUGCAAAAACACUUCAGAGACAAGAAGUGGGAUGCAUUUUUGAAUGGGUUGAAGGUAACUACUGACUUUAUAGUAUCGAAAUCAGGUAUAAAGAGGAAGAAAUCGGAACAGAUUGCGAUGCAUCUUUCCGAAAAAGUGGAGAAGAUUCAUCAACAAUUUCGUUCAGGUGGAAUGGUUUUUACAUUUGUUGAAGGUGCAUUUGUGACUGCCCUCAGGGAGGGGCAUUGGGUUUUACUAGAUGAAGUAAACUUAGCUCCACCGGAGAUAUUGGGCAGGCUUAUUGGUGUUCUUGAAGGAGUGAGAGGAUCACUGUGUUUAGCUGAGAGAGGGGAUGUAAUGGGCAUUCCCCGACAUUCAAAUUUCCGUUUGUUUGCCUGUAUGAAUCCAGCGACGGAUACUGGUAAGCGAGACUUGCCGUUCUCCUUCCGUAGCAGAUUUACAGAGUAUGCUGUGGAUGAUGACUUGUGUGAUGAUGACCUGGAGAUAUUCGUGAGGCGAUUCUUAGGUGGACGUGAAUCUGACAGUAAAUUAGUAGGCAACAUUGUUUGCUUUUACAAAGAAGCUAAAAGGUUAUCUGAAGAAUGUUUGCAGGAUGGUGCUAAUCAGAAGCCACAAUAUAGCUUAAGGUCUCUUUACCGUGCGCUAGAGUAUGCGAUAAAAGCAGAAGGUAUUGGCGGAUUUCAGAAAGCACUAUACGAUGGUUUUUCCAUGUUUUUCCUCUCCUUGUUGGAUGCUUCCAGUGCUAAGAUCAUGAACCCAAUAAUACUACAACGUAUCUCAAGGGAAAGUAGCCGAGGCCAACCACUUCAAAGAUACUUGGGAGAGUUAAAAGGCAGUUCUGAUGAAUUUGUGGAGAAAUAUGUUAAGACGAAGAGUGUAAUUGGACACCUUAAUCACUUAGCGCAUGCCAUUUUUAUUAAAAAAUAUCCUGUUCUCUUACAAGGACCAACAUCCAGUGGAAAAACAAGCCUUGUCAAAUAUCUCGCAGCAAUAAGUGGAAACAAAUUUGUUCGAAUCAAUAAUCAUGAGCAGACCGAUCUCCAAGAAUAUUUAGGUUCCUAUAUGACUGAUUCUUCAGGGAAGCUUGUAUUUCAUGAAGGAGCGUUGGUGAAGGCUGUCAGGGAUGGGCAUUGGAUUGUCUUGGAUGAACUAAAUUUGGCCCCAUCUGAUGUCUUAGAGGCACUAAACAGACUGCUUGAUGACAAUAGGGAGCUUUUUGUGCCUGAGCUGCAAGAAACAGUCCCAGCGCGCAUCCUAAUUUCAUGCUCUUCGCUACACAGAACCCUCCUGCUUUAUAUGGUGGACGCAAAAUACUGUCUCGAGCUUUUCGUAACCGCUUUGUGGAGAUUCAUGUUGAUGAAAUUCCAGAAGAUGAACUCAGUGAAAUUCUUACUGAAAAGUGUCUUAUUGCAAAAAGUUAUGCUACGAAAAUGGUUGAAGUGA